AUGACGUAUCCCUCUGUUCGGUAUGCAGCGCUUAGACAGGACGACGAUAUGGAGCAAGAAACAUCCACCAGUGGCCAGGAGGAGUUCGUCAGUACCUCAGGGAUCGAAUAUGGAAUGCCUAAGGGCAGUUUCGAUAGCGCCUUCACCUACGCUAACUACAACGACCUGGAUAAAAUGGGUUAUGAAGCACCGAAAAGGUACGGUAACAUCCUCGGUAAUCGCUACAGCCACUUCACCUACAGUAACAAAUUCGAGGAAGACGAUAAGGAGAUCAUCCCAAUGAACACAAUCGAACUGGUGAUCUACGUGUUCAGCGUAAUCUUCGUAGUGCUUACGCUACCUUUUUCGCUGCUUUUCGUGCUUAAAUUUGUUUCCACCUCCGAACGACUUGUCGUUUUACGCUUGGGACGAGCACAAAAGACUCGAGGACCAGGAGCAACGUUUAUACUACCAUGUAUUGAUAACACCUAUAAAAUAAGCACAACUAUCACAGCUUUCAACGUCCCGCCACUACAGGUAAUCACGAUCGAUCGAGGCCUCGUUGAAUUGGGUGCCACGGUGUUUCUCAGGAUUCGCGAUCCAAUCCUGGCUGUUUGUUCUGUACAGGAUCGAAAUAAAUCAACAAGAACGCUGGCCAAUACAAUGUUGUAUCGAUAUAUCAGUAGAAAACGAAUCUGCGAGAUCACCAAUAGUCAGGACAGGCGAAUCCUCGCUGGAACUUUUAAGGACGAGUUAGGAAGCUUUACAGCAAUUUAUGGAGUGGAAAUUACUGAUGUCGAAAUGUCAGACGUGAAAAUCAUCCAGGAAGGAGAGAACAUGGGAAUAGCGGCUUUGAGCGCCGUUGCUAAAUCUGACGCUGGCCAAAAACUGUGGGAAGUGAUUGCUCCUCACGUUGAGGAAUUCGCACGAGAAACAACCGAGAGAGAAGACAUAGACACUGAGAAUUGUGAGGAAUGUUCUUUCAAAGAACCAGAAGAAGAAACCCUUAUCGAUCUGAUGGAAGACAACACGUUUGACGAGGACCGACUGAUCACAGUGAUCAACAUGGCCAUAGAUGAUCAACUCGCAAAAGCUGUUGGCCGAGUUUUCCAGAUCAACUGUGUUGGAGUCUCUCCAAUGUACAUAGACCUAAAACGACUUCCUGGUGCUUGCGUUAAAGGUACUGCACCGAAUCCUGACGUAGUAUUCGAGAUGAGUCGAGCGGUCUUCCUGAAAAUGAUCACCGAGGAGUUGUCGCCAUUGAACGCCUACAUGCAAGGGUCACUGAAAGUGAUGGGAUCGAUUCAAGACGCCCUGUCAUUGAAGUACCUUGCCGAAAGGGUCAAACAAUUGUUGUGA